GAGGCCUCUAUCAUUCUCUAUGGACGAGACAGACUUUGCAGCCGUCACAUUAAUAGGGACAUAAUUACUUCCACGUAAUGUUAGAGAUCAUGUUUGAUCACAUAAUCACACAGCCUGGAUGUUGUGUGUAACGAACACUGUCUGUAAAAGGAAAUAUUUAUGGUUUGGGAAGGGUUUACGGGAAUAGCUAGCUAGCCACCUUGCUGGCUACUUUGGAUGACAUUUGGCAAGGAUGCUACUACGGUGGAUACGGCAACAGCUGGGCUUUGACCCUCCCCAUCAAAGUGAUACCAGAACGGUUUACAUUGCAAACCGCUUCCCUCAACACGGCCAUUAUGUCCCUCAGCGGUUUGCAGACAACAGAAUCAUAUCAUCCAAGUACACCGUUUGGAAUUUUGUUCCCAAGAAUCUGUUUGAACAGUUCAGAAGAAUAGCCAAUUUUUAUUUUCUCAUCAUAUUCCUGGUCCAGCUAAUGAUAGAUACCCCCACUUCCCCUGUCACCAGCGGACUUCCUCUGUUCUUUGUCAUCACAGUAACUGCCAUCAAACAGGGCUAUGAGGACUGGCUGAGGCACAAGGCGGACAACGAGGUGAACGGGGCGCCUGUGUUUGUGGUUCGUAGUGGCAGCCUUGUGCAGACUCGCUCAAAGAACAUACGAGUGGGGGAUAUAGUCCGGGUGGCCAAAGAUGAGACAUUCCCAGUGGACUUGGUCCUCUUAUCAUCGGACCGAGCCGAGGGGACGUGUCACAUCACCACAACCAGCCUGGACGGAGAGACUAAUCUGAAGACUCAUUACUCUGUGCCAGAGACAUUGGUGUCUCAGUCGGUGUCCAGGCUAGAGGCCCUACAUGCUGUGGUGGAGUGUCAGCAGCCAGAUGCAGAUCUUUAUAGGUUUGUUGGGCGAAUAACAGUAACCCAACAAGAAGAAGAGAUUGUAAGACCCCUUGGACCUGAAAACCUGCUGCUUCGAGGAGCAAGAUUGAAAAAUACCAAAGAAAUUUUUGGUGUAGCAGUUUACACUGGGAUGGAGUCCAAGAUGGCCCUGAACUACAAGUGCAAAUCCCAGAAGCGCUCUGCAGUGGAGAAGUCCAUGAACACCUUUCUGCUCAUCUACCUGGGCAUCCUGCUGUUUGAGGCCAUCCUCAGCACAAUCCUGAAGUACGCCUGGCAGGCUGAGAAGAAGUGGGACGAGCCCUUCUACAACCAGAAGACAGAGCAGGAGAGGAACAGCAGCCAGAUCCUGAAGUUCAUCUCUGAUUUCCUGGCGUUUCUGGUCCUGUACAACUUUAUCAUCCCCAUCUCACUCUACGUCACUGUGGAGAUGCAGAAAUUCCUGGGCUCGUUUUUCAUUGGCUGGGACUUGGACCUCUAUCAUGAGGAGAGCGACCAGAUGGCUCAGGUCAACACGUCUGACCUCAACGAGGAGCUGGGACAGGUGGAAUACGUGUUUACGGAUAAAACCGGCACCCUGACGGAGAAUGAGAUGCUGUUUCGUGAAUGUUCAAUCAAUGGUAUCAAAUACCAGGAAAUCAAUGGAAAGCUUAUACACGAGGGGAUGACGGAUGACCUGCCUGACGGAUCUGUGCCUCCUCUAAGUCGGGUGGAGUUGCUGUUCCUGAAGGCAGUAUCGCUGUGCCACACAGUGCAGAUCAGCUACGAGCAGCCAGGCGACGGCCCGGGGGAUCCCUUCCCCCACGCUAAUGGCUUCUCCUCCCAGAUGGAGUACUAUGCCUCCUCGCCAGAUGAGAAAGCACUGGUGGAAGCCACUAAAAGGAUGGGGGUAACCUUUAUUGGUAGCCAUGGAGAAGUUAUGGAAAUAAAAGCAUUUGGAAAGUCGGAAAAGUAUAAACUACUCCAUGUACUAGAGUUUGAUGCAACCCGAAGGAGAAUGAGUGUCAUAUUACAGACACCCUCAGGGGGGAAAGUACUAUUUACAAAGGGAGCUGAGUCCGCCGUUCUUCCCUUUACUAAAAGUGGAGAAAUUGACAAAACAAGAGUACAUGUAGAUGAAUUUGCCUUGAAGGGCUUGCGGACGUUGGUGGUGGCCUGCAGACACUUCAAUGUGGAGGAGUAUGAGGAGGUGGACCGGCGGCUUCACGAGGCCCGCGCGGCCCUGCAGCAGAGAGAGGAGAGGCUGGACGAGGUCUUCAGCUUCAUAGAAAAGGACCUGGAGCUGUUGGGAGCGACCGGGGUGGAAGACAAGCUGCAGGAAAAGGUCCAGGAGACCAUCGAGUCGCUUCGUCUGGCUGGGAUCAAAGUGUGGGUGCUGACCGGGGACAAGCACGAGACGGCGGUCAGUGUCAGCCUGUCCUGCGGCCACUUCCACCGCACCAUGAACAUCCUGGAGCUGGUGCAGCAGAAGUCUGACAACGAGUGUGCCGAGCAGCUCCGACAACUGGCCAGGAGGAUCAGAGAGGACCAUGUGAUCCAGCAUGGCUUGGUGGUGGACGGGGCCAGCCUGUCUCUAGCACUGCGGGGGCACGAGAAGCUCUUCAUGGAGGUGUGCAAGAACUGCUCUGCCGUGCUGUGCUGCCGCAUGGCGCCCCUGCAGAAGGCCAAGGUGGUGAGAUUGCUGAAAACGUCUCCAGAGAAACCCAUCACUUUAGCCAUUGGGGAUGGAGCCAAUGAUGUCAGCAUGAUUCAAGAGGCCCAUGUUGGCAUAGGUAUCAUGGGCAAGGAGGGAAGACAAGCAGUACGAAACAGUGACUAUGCAAUAGCAAGGUUUAGAUUCCUUUCCAAGUUACUGCUCGUCCAUGGCCACUUCUACUACAUUAGAGUUGCAACCCUUGUACAGUACUUUUUCUACAAGAAUGUGUGCUUUAUUACGCCCCAGUUUUUAUACCAGUUCUUCUGUCUGUUUUCACAACAAACUCUGUAUGACAGUGUUUACCUGACACUCUACAACAUCUGUUUCACCUCCCUGCCCAUACUGGUGUACAGCCUGUUUGAGCAACAGGUCCAUCCACACAUGCUGCAGAGUAAGCCAGUGCUCUACAGAGACAUCAGCAAGAACUCCCUCCUCUCCUUCAAGACCUUUUUGUACUGGACACUGCUGGGCUUCUGCCACGCCUUUGUCUUCUUCUUUGGUUCCUACAUCCUGAUGGGGGAGGACACGUCUCUCAUGGGGAAUGGACAGAUGUUUGGAAACUGGACCUUUGGCACUUUGGUAUUCACAGUAAUGGUUAUCACUGUUACAUUGAAGCUGGCCUUGGAGACCCACUUCUGGACGUGGAUGAAUCACUUUGUUACCUGGGGCUCCAUCGCUUUCUACUUCAUCUUCUCCCUGUUUUAUGGGGGAAUCAUCUGGCCUUUCCUCCACACCCAGGACAUGUACUUUGUCUUUGUCCAGCUGCUCUCCAGUGGCUCUGCCUGGUUCGCCAUCAUCAUCAUCCUCAUCGCCUGCCUUUUCCCCGACAUCAUCAAGAAGGUGAUCUAUAGGCACCUCCAGCCAACCAGCACCCAGAAGUCUCAGUUUAUUGAGACUAACUACCAGGGCAUCGGCUGCGUGGACUCCAUGUGUUGCUACUCAGAGGGGGAGAACGGGUGCGCCCGGCUGGGCCGGAUGGUGGCGCAAGUGAUGGGCCGCUGCGACCCUGCCUACGCCAACAGAUCAUGGAGCGACUCGGACCCCUUCUAUUCCAACGAUCGGAGCAUUUUGACGUUCGCACCCAUGGAGGCCGCUCAUUGCUAAGGUAGCAGAGAGCAGUAGUGCCACCUUGCCACACGGAGAGGAACUACUCACCACACAGCCCAGGGCUGACCAGCAAUGACAUGAGGCUUUGCAAGAGACGCUACAUGGGCCUCUGUUCUCUUCCUGUAAAUAAUAAAAGGGAAUAAGAUGGUAACAAAUAUGAAAUAAUUUGUCAGACUUGAGUGAAAAAGUACAUGGUCUACUUCUUUACGCCUGUAGGUUAGUGUUGUUGCUGCUUCACCUGACUGUGGAAGGUCUGCCAUCUUUCCUGAGGAAAUUAGGUGGGCCUCAUUAUAGCCAUAUCCUCCAUUUUAUGACCUGAUUUUUCAAGGUAUGAAAAAUGUGAAAGCAGUUGGAUGGUCAGGUCUCAAAACUGUCCCUAAAAUAUGCCUUUUCUGCACAGAUUGUUAGUAGUACGUUUGUUCAGAAAUGUCAAGAGAAUGAUAAUAGCUCCGAGAUAUUAAAUAGCUGUCAACGUAUAACAUGGCUUGCACAUAUUACAGUUCUUGUUUUCCUUUCAUUGCUAAUUACCAUUGAAAUCAUGUUUUUGUUUUGUGUGUGUGUGUCUUUCCCCCCUAUGCUAUUAACCACUUCAUGUUUGUUUGUGUAUUUAUUUCCAUCACCAGACUUAACUCAACUGCAUCCUAUCUUUUGGGGCCUUUGGCCCACAAUAACGGAAAUGCCAGAGUCGAGAGGGUCAGUGAGACAACCGUUUUAAACUUGCUAUCUAUGAACGUGACUUGUGCACACCAUCUGCACACACAGAUUUAUUUGAAUAUGGCCAAGUUCAGAUAAAAUUGUGGGAAUUAUUUGGUUGCCAUUUGUAGCGGUUACUUCAUCAGCUUGAAGUGGGAGACGCCGAAAUGUCCAAGUAGUCAGUGGAGCUUUUUUUCUUUGCACGUUACGAAUAUUUGUAAGCACAUCUGGCAUGAUUUAUCAAGGUCAGCAUUGGUCACUCUGCCGAAGUAUACUUAUUGUACUAGUAUGCUACAUUUGUCAGUUUUAUAUAUGCAGCUAUUAGUUCAGAUUGUGAAAUUUGGCCUCAAGCCAGUAUUCACCAAGAGCUUCUAAUCAUGCCACUCAAUAGGUCAGUCAACAAGAGGUGUUUGAAUAUUGAAAUCUAUUUCGGAACUCUCCAUUUUCAUUGGCAAUAAGGAUGCAUCUGCACUAGGAACAAUGAAGUCAGCUGUUCAUGUUCCUAGCUCUUGAUCGUGUUAAUUUAAAAAGAGUUCUGUUACUCAUCUGUCAGUGAAACGGUUUCAUUGAUGUUUACGGAAUAAAUGUUUU